AUGGCCGCCGCCGCUGCCGCCGACGACGGCCCUCUCUACCUGGGCUUUGAUCUGUCCACGCAGCAGCUCAAAGCCAUCGUCGUCGGUCCGGACCUCAAAGCCGUCGCGCGGGCGCACGUCGACUUUGACGCCGACUUUGGCCCCGCCUACGGCAUCAGCAAGGGCGUGCACCACGGCAGCGUCUACUGGAACGACGCCGCCGAGGCGCGCCUCGCCGCGCUCGACCCCGCGCGGCCGCUCCGCGAGCAGCUCGCCCCGGCGCUCGCGCAUCCCUGGUCGCCCAACUGGCAGGACCAGAGCACGCAGGCCGAGUGCGACGCGUUUGACGCCGCCCUCGGCGGCCGGGAGCGCCUGGCGCACGUCACCGGCAGCGGCGCGCAUCAUAUUAUGCGCCUCCGCCGCGUGCACCCAGACGUCUACGCCUCGACCGCGCGCAUAUCGCUCGUGUCGUCGUUUCUCGCCUCGGUGCUCGUCGGCCACAUCGCGCCGCUCGACACCGGCGACGUGUGCGGGAUGAACCUCUGGGACAUGGAGCAGCAGUGCUGGAGCCCCGCGCUUCUCUCCCUCGCCGCCGGCGGUGACGCGGCCGCCGCGCAUCUCCGCCGGAUGCUCGGCGAGCCCUGCCUCGACGGCGGGCAGCCACUCGGCCGCGUCGCCGGCUACUUUGCCGCCCGGUACGGCUUCCGGACCGACUGCCAGGUGCUGCCGUUCACCGGCGACAACCCCGCAACGCUGCUGGCGCUGCCGCUGCGGCCCGGCGACGCCAUCGUGUCGCUCGGCACGUCAACCACGUUUCUCAUGCACGCGACGGCGCGCGCGCCCGACGGCGCCUACCACUUCUUCAACCACCCGACCACGCCCGGCCACUACAUGUUUAUGCUGUGCUACAAGAAUGGCGGCCUGGCGAGGGAGCGCGUGCGCGACGCCCUGCCCGGUGCCAGCGGCGGCGGCGACUGGGCCGCGUUUGACAAGGCCGUCGUGGACACGCCACCGCUGGGCCAGGACAGCGGCGGAGAGGAGGGCCGCGCCAAGAUGGGGUUGUACUUUGACCUCCGCGAGACGGUGCCCAACAUCCGCGCCGGAACGUGGCGCUUCACCUGCGCCGCCGCUGACGGGAGCGACCUGCGCGAGGAGGAUGCAGCCGUGGCCGGAGCACGGGGUUGGUCGGCGGCCGUCGACGCGCGGCUGAUUGUCGAGUCGCAGGCGCUGUCGAUGCGGUUGCGCGCGCAGAAGCUCCUGCGCGGCGACGACGACCGGCUCCUCCCCGCGCAGCCGCGCCGCAUCUAUCUCGUGGGCGGGGCAUCACAUAACGCGGCCAUUGCGGCGACGCUCGGCAGCGUGCUCGGCGGCACGGACGGCGUCUACCGGCUGGACGUCGGCGGCGACGCGUGCGCGCUGGGCGGCGCGUACAAGGCGCUGUGGGCGCUGGAGCGGCGCGGCCCAGACCAGACGUUUGACGACUUGCUGGCCGCGCGCUGGCAGGAAGAGGGCGCGAUUGAAAAGGUGGAUGUCGGGUAUCGAAAGGGCACGUAUGAAAAGUACGGCAAUGUGCUGGGCGCGUUUGAGGAAAUGGAGUCGAGGCUGCUGGCGGAGGAAAAACAAUGA